CCUCCGUCAACCCUUUUGCCACGUACGAGUCCAAGUUUCUUCGCUUUUCUUCUCUCUUUCGCGGAAAAGGGAGCUAUUUCGACGCCGAAAGUGAUAGAAGAGAAGGAAAGAUCCACCAAAAUGAAGCUAAAAGGAACGAGAGCCACAUAUGCAGCAUGUGUCUUGUGCGCUGUCUUCAUGCCAGUGAUGUUGGCUCCAGUAAAUGAACCAAAACAGCUUGACCCAAGUUUGUCUCCGGCCAUUUUCAGUAACAGUGCAAAUAUGGAGUUGUCUGCCUCAGCAAAUCCUAGUGCUUCAUGGGAUGCGGACAAACCAUUGCAAAAUAUUACGGACAACCAGCAGCCUCCUGGGAAUUCUGCUCCAACGGUGAUAGGUCCAAGCGCUGCUGAUGACCCUCCUGCAGAAAAACCAUUGUCCACUGUGGCUGUGAAAAAAGAUUUAGAGAAUAUAGUCUCAACUGUGGCCCAAGAAACAGUUGUAGGUAAAAGUGUGCCUCCAGGCAAUCAGUCCCAGUCGCCAGACCCAGAAGCUAGUGCCAAAAAGGAUAAUGCAGACCAAGGGCAAGGCCCACCACCCCCACCCCCACCGUCACCAUCUCCUAGAGAGAGUGAGACAGAGAAAAAGGAGGCUGAGGAAGCAGCAGACCCAUCCGCCAGGGCACCCCAGAUGUUAGCGAGUGGAACUACUGAGGCUCAGGGAGGAGAGGGUAAGGAAGUCAACCCUCCUCCGAUACUCAGUGAGAGUGCAGUGAUAGAUGGAGCCAAACCUGAGGACACUCAAGCCUCUCAAAUCUCAAAUCCAGAGGUCCCUCAGGAGACGGAGACUAAAGCCAAUCAAACACAAGGGUCAGUUGUUAUAGAUGAACAGGCCCAGGAGGCCCAGCAGACUGCUGACCUGGCACAGGAGGCCCAACCAAGUGCUGCCCCAUCAGCGAUUGCCCAAAGUCCACCUGUUGAGCCCCCAAAGUUGCCUGAGCAGACUGCUGCUGAGACACAGGAACCAAAGCCUGUAAAUGAAGAAAUGCAAAAGCCUGAAGUCUCUGAAGUCGAAGCACCGGUGCCAAAGGAACCAGAGCAACAGGCAGAAAACACACAGGACUCUGAUGCAUUGGUGGAACAGCCCAAGGAGCAGGAGCAAAACGCCAAUGAGACACAAGAGCAACCAGAACAACCGGCAGUGGACGAAGAAGCCAAAGGAACAGACACAGAGGACAAUCUUAUCGAAGAAAACAUCAACAAUGAUGAGGAAAUUAGGGAACAGUACGAAAACGAGAUACCUGUUGUGGAAAAGCCUGUGAACGACUACUCUUAUACGAUGGACAGCUCUCAGCAGAGCGCCAUGGCAACCGAUAUGCAGGCUAAUAAUCCUUCCUUCAAUGACGAGCUAGUUGAAGAUAGUCAAGACGACAGAGAGGUCAUCAUCAGCAAUGGAGGAAAAUUCACCGAUGACGAGGAUUCCCACUUCUUUGCGUAUUUCCUGACCAUCAUGGUCUCGGCCAUCAUCUUCUACUUGGUAUUCCAUAACAAGCAACGGAUUAUCGCUCUCAUCAUUGAAGGCCGCAGCCCUGGGGAAAGACGAGGCCGCAGGUCGUCCUCCAGAGGGAAGUACCACAAGCUGGACAACAACCUAGAGGAGGCGAUCACAGCCACGAAAGGCGCAAAGAGACACUGACAAGGGGUUAACAGUUUGGAAGUUUGGGCAAGCCUCCACUGCAACGAGCUGCCAUGAACACAGG